AUGAAAGCCUUCGUAGCGUGCAUAGCCCUUGCGCUGGUUGCCUGCGCCCGUGCUGAGCCCCCAUCCGGCUACAGCUACAACCGUCCAUCUGGAGGCUUCUCUGGAGGAUUCAGCGGCGGCCUGAGCGGUGGCGGACCUCUCCGCCCCGUCUCCUCCGGCUACCAGACCUCCGAAGGACAGCACGUCGACGCCCAGCUCCUUGAGCAAGUGCGCCAAAUCCUCCUUAAGGAGGAAGCGUCAUCCGGCUCAGGUUUCGGUGGCGGUCACGGCGGCGGUCACGGCGGCCAAGGCAUCUCCACCUCGUACGGUGCCCCCUCAUCCUCAUACGGCGCGCCUUCCUCAUCGUACGGCGUUCCCGGAUACAGCAGCCGAGUUGUAGGCAUCAACCUUGAGGGAGUCCGUCAGGCUAUCCAAGUCGCCGAGUACGAGCAGUCCGGCGGCUCCGGAGGCUACCCAUCUUCGUCGUACGGCGCCCCCUCCAGCAGCUACGGCGCCCCCUACUAA